GCGGCGACCGCUCUGGGUCGAGGAGGCCGCUGCGCCGGUCGGGUCGGGUCAGUCGGGUCACGGGGUCACAGGGGUGGGGGCCCGGCGAAGGGGCGGUGUGCUUCGGCUGUGUAGGGAACGGGAGGGCCCCCGAGGAUUCCUGGAUAGGCGAGCAGCCAACCACCAGAGGUCAAGGUAUCAACAGCCUCACGGACACGGUCACCACUGCACCUGCCAGCAGCCAUGGCCCCCGUGCCGUCGUCGCAGCUAGGCGCGCAGCCCGCAGCGCCGUCUGCCCAGCCCGCAGCGCCGCCCUCACAGCCCGGGGAGGCUCCCGCCCAGCCCGGAGCGGCUCCCGCCCAGCCCGGGGCAGCGUCCGCGAUGUUCCCAGAGGGCGAGUGUGACCUGCAGAGUGCGGUCCGACCCUCUGAUCGGUUCGUCGUCACCGUCCAUACAGGAGACCGGCAGAAGGCCUGGUCGGGCGGUGCCAGCGAGUCGCACGUGUUCGCCCAGUUCCGGGACGCGGCCGGCCGGGACAGCCCGUUCUUCAGCCUGCCCUACCUGUCCAGCACUCGGCCGGGCAGCGUCGACUUCUACAUCCUGCCUCACGUGAGCGGUCUGGGGGCGAUCGCCACCCUGCUGCUGCGGCGCCGCGGCCGGCAGGACGGCGACGCCUGGCUGGUGGACGCCGUGGGCGUGACCGACCGCCGGCUGCGGCGGCGACACGUGUUCCCCGUGCACCGCUGGCUGGAGGCCGGCUUCCAGAUGCGGCUGGACGAGUUCGACUGCCGCCUGCCGCAGGACGUGCUGGACAGGGAGAUGGUCACCCAGCGCGCCAGGGAACUGGUCGACCGGCGGGCCCUCUACGAGUACGCCCAGAUCUUCAAGGAGGGGCCUGUGCAGCUCUAUUAUGAGGAUGAUGAUCUACCGUUCGAAGAGUGUCCAUCUUUCAUUGAACUGGAUGAGCUGACCGAUGAAAUCAACGAGAUGAUGGUGCUACAAAGCCCGACAUUCUGCACACACGAAAAGUGGUCCAGUUUCCUCGAACUGCAGAAGGCGUGCGCCAACACCCUUGGACUGCCAACGGCGGCCCUGCACUGGACCACGGAUAUAUGGUUCGGUCUGCAGCGGGUGCAGGGGGUCAACGCCAAGCUCAUCACCCUCUGCACCACCAUUCCGAGAAAUUUCGGCGUCUCGGCGAGCAUGGUGAACCCGUUCCUGGAAGGACUUACCCUGGGCGAGGCGCUCGCCGCCAACAGAAUCUUCAUCGUGGACCUGCACAUUCUGGAGGGGAUUCUGCCCGAGGAGCGAGUCCGGCCCACCGACUAUCUCAAACAGCUGUGCGCCCCGAUCGCCCUGUUCUACCUGAACAAGCAUAAUGUUCUGCUGCCCAUCGCCAUUCAGCUGUACCAGUAUUCCGGGAAACGGAACCCCGUAUUCCUUCCGAGCGACCCUGCCAACCUGUGGCUGCUGGCCAAGAUGUACUUCAACUGCUCGGAGGCGCAGCACCACACCGUGCUCACCCACAUGGGUCUGGGCCGGCUGCUAAUGGAGGGGGUGGCCGUGUGCACCCAGCGGAACCUCUCCCCCUCGCACCCGCUGCACCGGCUGCUGGCGCCCCACUUCCGACACCUGAUGAUCACCAACGCCGUCACGGUGGAGGAGCUGCUCGAGCCCGGCAUGUGGAUGUACGAGUUCAUGAUGCUGAAGGGCGCCGGAGUCCAGGAGCUCAUGAGACGAGGGAAGGCGAGCUGGCGUCUGGACCUGGACGGGGUGGUGCCGCGCCAGGUGGCGGCCCGCGGCGUGUCCGAGCCGUCCGUGCUGCCCCACUACCCGUACCGGGACGACGCCACCGCCCUGCACGCCGCCAUUGAGCGCUACGUGCGCGCCUGUCUGGAGCCGUACUACACGGACGAGACGCGGGUGGCCGGCGACUGGGAGCUGCUCCAGUGGAGGAGAGAGCUGGUCCGGCCCGCGCAGAAGGGAGGACUCGGCCUGCGCGGCGUGCCGGGAGACAUGGUGGCAGGGUUCACCACGCUGGAUCACGUGGUGGAGACGGCCACCGCCUUCAUCUCGACAGUGACCGUCGGCCACGCGGCGGCCACGCUCGGCCUGUACGAGGAGGCCGGCUUCGUGCCCGGCUACCCACUGAUGCUGCAUGGCCUGCCGCCGCGCUCCAAGGAGCAGACGCCCAGCACGGCGGAGCUGCUGGAGCGCCUGCCCGGCCGCUGCCACACCUGGUUCAUCAUGCUGCUGUGGAAGCUGUUCAGCAGCCCGCGCGCGCCGCGGCUGGCCGACCCGCGCCACCGCUGGCUGCUGGACCCCGCCAGCACCGAGGCGGCCGCCCGGCUACGGAAGGAGUUGGAAGAACUCUCUCGGAAAAUCGCCCGCAGGAACGCUACUGUACCGUUCCCGUACCAGUGGCUGGACCCGCGGCUGUCGCUGCCCAACUGUGUGCCCAGGGCUGUCGUCUCCAAAAAGGCCGACUACUGAGACAACCUCCAAACACCGGGACAGCCGAGAAGGCGCGACAGGUGUCACGACCUAUGACGCGAGAGCGAACUCGGCUAAAAGAUCUGCGCUACUGCCGACUGACGAGCGAGGUGUGUGCUGUGAAUAAGUCUGGUGUGAAGAGAGGUCUGUGAGCUGUGACUUGGAGUGGCUGUGAGAAGGCAGACCAAAGCGGAAUACCCAGCGCUCAUGUUACGGCGAUUCCCGGUCCAAUGACUCAUCACGAACUACAUCAUGGCUGAAAGGGGUGCCGGUGUCGUGACGAUGGUAUGGAGGCACUGACGUGACCCCUAUGCGCCCUCAUCAUGCUUUAAUUGAGAUCGCCGUCAUCGCUCAUCUUCCCUUCGUGGAUUUUUAAUACACCCCUCAGCCAGACA